GCUGCGGUGAUGUGAUAUCACAUGACUGCGCUGGGCUUGGUGCUCUGCGUCCUCGUUGGCGGAUGUGACACUGGAGAUCAAGCAGACGGCAGAUCCUUCUCCAGAAGCGCACAAUGAUCCAGCUCAUUCGUCCUGGACGGAGUUGCAGGUUGUGGACCGGACCAAACCGUCUCGGCUCGACGUAAAGCCUUAAGUUUCCAGACAUACAAGGCAACUGGUACCUUUUUAAAGUCGGAGACACAGCCGGUUCUUUUGGUGGGUGUCUCUGCGGCGGAUUGAGGGGUUUUCCCUCAGCGUUCAGCCAUAGGCUCACCUGCAGAGGCAGGACCAUGCGCUCCAGAGCUGCGCUUCCCCGGUUUGCCUCCCUUUUGUGUCUCCUUUUCCUCCCUUCUGUUUUGUCCUCCCCUCCUCAGCGUCAAUGGAUUCUCCAGCGUAUCCCUGUGGUCCUGCCCCAGCAGACAAAGGCUCGACCAACCCCACAGUUUCUGAAUGAGGCACGCCUGGAUGUUGCCUCCCCCUGUGACCCAGAAUGCCACAAGAAAGCCCCUCUUCCCAGCUACUGGGAUUUGCGCAGCCUUCUGGCCUACGAGACUCUCCACUCCGAUGGUCAACUCACUGAGACUGCCAUUGGGAUUUAUGGCUACAACCCCUACUCCAGUACCAGUCCAGCUUACUCCUCUGGGUCUUUUGGUAAGGCUGAGAGGUCACAUGUCAGAAACAAACGACAGAUAUUUGGACACGAUGGGCGUUUUAGUAUUGCUGGGCAGAGCUUCCUUCUUAAGUACCCAUUCUCGGUGGCUGUGAAACUGUCCACUGGAUGUUCUGGUACACUGGUGGGAGACCGUCAUGUUCUCACAGCUGCUCAUUGUGUUCACGAUGGCAAAAACUAUGUGAAAGGAGCCCAGAGGCUUCGAGUUGGCUUUUUAAAACUAAAGCAACGAGAUGCACAACAUUCAUCAAUGUACCUUCCCUCUAACUUUUCCAACCACAUAGAGGGAGGCCCUGCUCAAUACUCCCCACCUGCCAAUGACAAAAUGAAGUUCCAGUGGAUCAGAGCCAAGCGCACCCACGUUCCCAAAGGUUGGAUUAAAGGGAAUGCCAAUGACAUCGGGAUGGACUAUGACUAUGCAUUGCUAGAACUGAAAAAACCUCACAAACGCCGCCACAUGAAGUUGGGUGUCAGCCCCCCAGCUCAGAGACUUCCCAGUCGUCGUGUCCACUUUUCAGGAUUUGACAAUGACCGCCUUGGACAGCUAGUGUAUCGGUUCUGUCGGGCCGGUGAGGAGACGUCAGACUUGUUGUACCAGCACUGUGAUGCUCAGCCUGGGGCCAGCGGCUCUGGAGUCUAUGCCCGGAUGUGGGAUGGGAGGCGCCGGCGUUGGGAGCGCAAGGUGAUAGGUGUUUUUUCCGGGCACCAGUGGGUGGAGAAGAAAGAGACAUCUCAGGAAUUUAAUGUGGCAGUCAGAAUCACACCUCUUAAAUAUGCACAGAUCUGCUACUGGAUUAAAGGAAACUUUGUGGAUUGCAGAGAGGGGUAAAGAAGACUACUCAGAGGUGUAGCAACAAAAAUAACUGUCGUGCUCCAGGAACUGUUUCACAUUUUGUCACAACUUUCAACAUUUUUUAAGAUAGUAGACAACUGAAUCUUUACCUGCUUUGCGCAUCUAGACACCAAAAUCGUUGCCUCCUUUUCUUUUCUAAAAUGGCUCAAGCUCAGUCAUGUUGGAGCUGAACUUUGACUGGAUCUAACACAUUACAUUGUAGCUCGGGCUGUAUGUUUAUUCUCAUCCUCUAGUGUGUUUUGAUAUCAGCUCUGUGGCUCUCUGAACAAGGCGGCAUGCCAUGGGGAUGUCUUUAGCAUUCAAAAAAAUGUCAGUUACAAAGUUGCACCCCAAAAAGUUUUGUUUCCAUAAUUGCAUGUCCAGUCAAUGUGGAGCUACUUUGGCCAGUCCCAACUCUAGGGGUUUUGCCUUUUUUAAGCACUCAUAAGAAAAUAUGUUUAUGCACCAGUGGCUGGCUAAAGAUUCUGAAGUUGGUUAAGAAAUUAAAAAUUCACAACUUUUUUAAAAGAGCAUGGGUAUGAUUACAAAAUACCUAGUUAAAAAUCCAAAGUACUUACAGGUAUAGAUGAGUCAUCUAUAAAAUUAUUUUAGUAAAGAACAAUACUAGAACCGAACUGACCAAGAUUUUUUUAUUUCUUGGUGUUUUUGAUGAGUUACAUCAUAAAAAGUUUUUUUUUUUUUUUCAAAAUGGUGUUUAUCUAGGGAGUGGGUACGUGUUUUUUUCUGUGGAAGGGGGCCUGGGUACAGAAGGAAUGUGUAGCCCAGGAAGGUAUUUAUGCAAGAAUCACCACUGGUUGUCCCUCUUGCAGGUGAAACUCCUUCCCAGUCUCAACACUUUUUGUAAUUUUGCCUGGCAUUUAGCUCCUUCUAUUUUGCCAACAACUCUGUCCACCUUCCCUGUCCUGCAAAAAAGAGCAUCCCCGUAGCAUGAUGCUGCCACCUCCAUGUUUCACCAUGGGGUUCUGUUUUCAGGGUGAUUUACAGAGAUAGUUUACAACCACCGAUUUUGCAUAUUUGACAGAAAGUUACAUUUUGGUCUUAUCUAACAAACGUUUGAUUUAACUUUUGAAUCAACUUUAGAGAAAGCUUGGUAUAUGGUUUUAUAAGGUAACCCUGUUUUAAACACCUGGAUAACUUUUUCACUGCAUUAAUCACUGAUGUGGCCUUUACUGAACAGCUGUAUGUAUUCUAAGCUUAUAUUUCACACAGCUUGACUUUAUUUUGAAAUUAUGUGAUUUCUAAGGACAAUUUUUUUUGCAGUUUAUUGUCUUUUGGGGUAUCAAAGUACAGGGGACUAUACCCCACUUUACUGAUUUUUUUUGUUUUAAAAACUAUGCAUGUUUUUCCUUACACAUCACAAUUAUGUGCUACUUUGUGUAGGAAAUCCCAGUAAAAUACAUUUAAUUUGGGACUAAUGUGACAAGGGGAACAAUUCAAGGCCCAUGAACACUUUUGUGAGGCAUUGAUUGCAUCUUCCUCUGGAAUGCUGGAAGCCAGAAGGUUCCACAUUUAUCAUCCCUUUGUUUAGCACUGGUAUAUUAAAACAAAGUGGGUCAGAAAAACUCUCGUUAAUGACAUAUUGAUUGAAACUGCUAUGCUCAUCAUUGCACCUUUAUUCAAAUAUCUAAAAAUAUAUAUAUUUUAAAGAAGAGAUCUGCUUUUUAAAAGAUUAUUGUGAACAGUUGAAGUCUGUUAGCUUUUAUUAUGUGGAACACAAACUGAUGGAGUGGAUACGAUUCCUUUUAUUACAAUUAUCUUUGUCAAUACUUUACCUAAAAAUGCACUGUCAAGACUUCCUUUGACUGAAAAUACCUGUGGAUGAAUGUACACAUCAGCAAAGCCAAAGUUGCAAUCUGUGUGUUUUUCAAACUAUCUUGCACUUCUUCUUGUAGACAUAAAAGUUAUCAACAAGCAUACUGAAUUUUUUAUGUUGAUGGAGUCUAAUAGAUCUUUAUUAUGCAGGACGGGGUAUGAGUUGUUGGAUUUUGUUGUAUGGCGCCAUCUGGAGGCGUGAUAAAGCACGGCAUGUGUCCACAAACUACCACCCCAACUUGGCUUAGAUUCAGAUGAGCCUGAGUGCAGAAAAUGUAAUAAAAUAUAUUCUUUCAAAUAA